GUGCAGAGCAUUUUCUCAGUCCGGUGUCGUAGUGAGCCAGUGAACAUCUUUCCUCGCAUCACGCAUAGCCCAAGAUCUACCACCCUGAUAUUUAAAUCAUCAAAAAACCAAAGUACUUGAUUCAUUGGACCUAAACUCUAUAAUUCAUCUCCAGCAGCACCAGCCAAAGGAAUUAGAGGAGUGGAACCCAAAGGGUCAUAGGAAGGACAAGAAGGAUUAACUUUGACUUCAGAUGGCUCAAUAGCAAUCAUUAAUACUCCAAUGCAAUCUGGAUACUUUAGUAGGGAGGACAAAUUCAGUCAUGACAUUGCGUUUUAUCCAAGGUUGGAUCGGAAGUGCUGAGAAUCCUUUAUGUCUGAUCCUCUGCUUUCACUCUUGACACUACUGGCAGUUAUAACAGAGUGCUGCUGAUUGUAGCCCCCUGCCAGAAAAAGUGUCAAGAUUGAGGUCAGCCUUCUUCAUUUUAUAACCUGUACCAUCAAUGAAUAGAAGUGAAAAGAUCAUGGCUGUGCCUCUCCUCCACCUACGGUUUCUGUCAAUGAUGAUCCAUUUAUUUCUGGUUGGAAUUGUUCAUGGGGGUGGUUACUAUCCAAUAAAGCAGGGUCCACAGCAGAUGCCACAAGUGCAAGUCCAAGUCCCGCACAUGGUACGAGUUGGCAAAGAGGGACCUCAUAUGCGACACCUGGGCAAAGAGGUGCCACACUUACCAGUGUAUGGAAAGGAUUUGCCAUAUACCUCCCACUAUGGAAAAGAUGUUCCACAAAUGCAUGUCUUUGGAAAAAAUGUGAUGCCUCAGAAGGAAGCAAAAGAACUGAUACCAACAUUUCCAAGUGCAAUGAAAGGUGAAAGAGGUCCAGUAGGAGAGCCUGGUGCAAGAGGACCAAUAGGACCACCUGGGCCACCAGGAUUACCAGGUCGAGGUCUUCAAGGACCAGCAGGAGCACCAGGUCUUCCGGGCCAACCAGGUCUUCCAAGUGUUGGGAAGCCUGGGAUGCCAGGAAUAGCAGGUAAACCAGGAAGAAUGGGGUUACCAGGCCACAAGGGUGAUAUGGGACCUAAGGGAGAGCAUGGGCCCAUGGGACCACCAGGACCACAAGGGGCACGAGGUCCUCCAGGUCUUCCUGGAUUAGGAAAGCCAGGUAGACCAGGAUUACCAGGAAAACAAGGACUAAGAGGAGAACCUGGACAGAAAGGAAUGCCAGGUAUGCCAGGUCCAACAGGACCCAAAGGACAACAAGGAAUUGGCGUACCUGGUUUACCAGGCUUGAAGGGGCCACCUGGAUUACCUGGGCAACCAGGUCCUGCAGGACUUCCAGGCAUCUCAAAAGCAGGUUUAAAUGGUCUCCCUGGAGCUCCAGGAGCACCUGGUAAAAUGGGAUUCCCAGGUGAGCCAGGACCUCAAGGUUUUCCAGGACAACAGGGUGUUCAAGGACCACCUGGAAAGCCAGGUGUGGGAAAGCCAGGUCUAGAUGGAAUUCCUGGUCAACAUGGAUUCCCAGGGGGCAAAGGUGAAAAAGGACUCCCAGGUUUGCCAGGGCCACCAGGUAUGCCAGGUGUAGCAAAGCCGGGGUUUCCUGGACCGAAAGGUGAACGUGGUCACAGUGGACCUCCAGGAACACAGGGACCAAAAGGUGCUCCUGGAGAUGUUGGUGCUCCUGGAAUUCCUGGUCCACAAGGUGAACAGGGAUCACCUGGGCUCCCAGGACAAAUUGGACCACCGGGGGGCUUGGGUUUCCCAGGACUGAAGGGAGAUCAUGGGCCAACUGGCCCUCAAGGUCCUCAAGGCCCAAAAGGGGAAACUGGUCUGCAGGGAAUGCCAGGUGCACCAGGAUAUCCUGGUGAAGCAGGCCAGCCAGGGCUAAGGGGUUUGCCCGGACCAAUAGGACCAAAAGGAGAGCAAGGACACAUAGGUCCAACUGGUUUACCCGGACCGCAAGGAGCACCAGGAUUAAAAGGAGAGCCUGGGUUUAAUGGGGAGAAAGGCAUCCAAGGUCCUAUUGGAAUACCUGGUAUUGCUGGUCCAGGAGGUCCAAUAGGCCCUCCAGGUCCUCCAGGACCAAAAGGAGAUAGAGGAUUACCAGGGCCUCCUGGGUUACCUGGUAUAGGAAAACCUGGAAUUCCAGGACAUAUAGGACCAACUGGAAAACCUGGCCCAGAAGGUCUUCAUGGAAUAACUGGGCCACCUGGCCCUCCUGGACCCCCUGGCCCUCCUGGCCCACCAUCUGUUCAACCAGAAAUACGACAGUUUCAACUUCCAGAUAUGGGUCCAGGAAUUGACGGCGUAAAGACACCACAAGGAUACAUUAGUCAACCAAGUAAAAAAGGGAUGCCUAUAGGAAUUAAACCAGAGAUGCCUGCAUUCACAGCUAAACUUACAGUACCUUUCCCACCAGUAGGAUCUCCUGUCAAAUUUGAUAAAAUCCUAUACAAUGGCAGACAAAGUUACAAUCCACAAACUGGUGUUUUUACAUGCGAAAUACCUGGAGUUUAUUACUUUUCAUAUCACAUUCAUUGUAAAGGUGCUAAUGUGUGGGUAGCAUUAUAUAAAAAUAAUGAGCCUCAAAUGUAUACUUACGAUGAAUACAAGAAAGGGAUUCUUGAUCAGGCUUCUGGGAGCUCAGUUCUUGAACUAACACAUGGAGACAGAGUCUGGAUGCAACUCCCAUCUGAACAAGCAGCAGGACUUUAUUCAGGCCCAUAUGUGCAUUCCUCUUUCUCGGGAUUUCUACUGUAUCCAAUGUAAAAAAAACAUACACAUGUAAAGCUUUUGAAGUACAACCUUUGUUACCCUAUGGAAGCUACAGUUUUACCACAAAAGGCAAUGCCUUAAAUUUGCUGAAUGAUUAAGUCUUUCUUUCUUUAAUGAAGGCUACUGUUAAGUUUAUCCAAAGAAAGAGUAGACCACAUCUGUUUUACAUGUUAUAAUUGCACAUUAAGGGCCUGGAGACUUAAUAGUACUCCAAGAACCAGCAGUCAUCUCAAAAAAGUUUCCUUGUUCUUAAAAUUCAUAAAGAGUUCUAAGUGUAAGAUUCCAAGGACCUCUGCAUUGGUUCUACAUUGCACAAUUGAAACUAAUUUUCCCCAAUCAAUAUCAAAAUUGUAAAAAGCGGAGAGAAUGCAAAUAUUAAGCUCUGAAUGCUAUAUAAUCCAUUCGGCCAAAGUUUAAAUUGAGAUAAGUUUUCAAAUCAAUGUGAGGAGUGUGCUUUGCAUUUGUUUUUAUAUUAUACCUAAGCCAGGUGUACUUGAUAGUGUUACUGGGUGCAACAUGGAAAAUGUUUAAUUUCCCAGAAAUAAUCAUGCCUCUUUAUAAGAGCAAAUACACAAAAAUAAUUGCUUAAGGAAACAUGCUUGAACAAUGUAGCCCUCCCUGUCUGUGAAAGAGGGAAAAGGGAUCAAAGAUUAUUUCUAAUAAAUAAAAUAUGAUCAACUAUGAACAAA